UCACGGCGGGGAAAGGAAAAUUAUGAAUUCUACGAGCUGGCGAAAAUGCUGCCUCUACCUGCGGCUAUCACUAGCCAGUUGGAUAAGGCUUCCAUUAUAAGACUGACAAUAAGUUAUCUCAAACUAAGAGAUUUCUCUGGGCAGGGCGAUCCACCAUGGAGCCGUGAACAGUCGAGCAGUAGCAAAUUGAAAAGCGCUGCAAUUCGACGUAGUCCCGCCGUGGAUUUAUUCGAGCAACAUCAAGGCACUCACAUUUUACAGUCCCUCGAUGGAUUCGCAUUAGCCGUUGCUGCAGAUGGUCGAUUUUUAUACAUAUCGGAAACAGUCUCUAUUUACUUGGGUCUGUCUCAGGUGGAAAUGACAGGAAGUAGCAUAUUCGACUACGUUCAUCAGAGCGACCACGCGGAAAUUGCCGAUCAACUGGGAUUAAGCUUAACUAACGGCGGCAUUGCUGGUGGUGGUAAUGGCAACGGCACAACUGGCCUGGCGUCGCCCACUUCAGGUGCGUCAGACGACGGCAUUGGCACUCACGGCACGAAUAACCCCGACGUCUCUGCGCAAAUGACAGUGUCCUCUACCAGCGGGUACAAAGGCUACGAGCGAUCGUUUUGUAUUCGCAUGAAAUCGACACUUACCAAACGAGGCUGCCAUUUCAAAUCCUCCGGCUACCGG